CUAUUACAGACUCCUAAACGCAACGCUUUAAUGACGUCAUUAAUGCGAGUCACUUUCUUGAUUAUCGUGUGUGGUUUGGAUUAAAAUUCGCAUUUCUCUUAAAACCCUGAGAAAUACUGUCAGUAUAUAGGGAAAGAUACUUGGCAAGAAGACCUCCUCUGUGGAUGAAAGUUGCUGUUGUCUGGAACAGAGUCUAUAAUGGAUCCACAGAAAGAUGUUCAGCCUCCAAAGCAACAGCCAAUGAUCUAUAUUUGUGGAGAAUGUCAUACCGAAAAUGAGAUUAAAGCCAGGGACCCAAUCAGAUGCAGAGAAUGUGGUUACAGAAUAAUGUACAAGAAAAGAACUAAGCGAUUGGUUGUCUUUGAUGCUCGAUGAAGUGCUCUGUUGCUGUGAAGACCAUAUGCCAAGAGUCGUCAUGUUUUUUCCCCCCAUUUAAGAUUUCUGCUGCUGUGUAUAGUUUUUGAUCACCCCCCGCCCCAAAUGGAUUAAAAUAAAGUAUUUGCUUUGAGCCCAGUUGUACAGUUAGGAAUAAAAAUUAAAAUUUGUCAGUAUUCCAGUUGAUUAUCCAUUUUCCUUUUGAUGGGUGUACAUUUCAGUGCACGAAUUAAUGGAAAACUUUUUGAUUCUUAAUUAAUUAGUCCUAAUAAACUGUAUGUAUUAGUAGAUGUAACUUUAAAUAGAAGUGUUGUGCAAUUUUGUGUACUUUAAUCUGCAAUUAAAAAUUUACGGAACAAUUGCUUAAAACAUGAAGAGAAAUUCACUUUACUUCAUAAGACUUGAGUUAAAAAGCUAUCUCGUAUGUUUUGUUUGGGAAAACACCAAAAUAUGAUUUUGGAAGAAUUUGCUAAAAUACACCUGCACAGUCUUUGAUACCUGAGUAAACCACUUAUUAUUUAGA